GCGGCGGUGGCGGCGGUGGCCGGUCCCCGCCGGAUCCGGCUGUGGGCGCCGCGAAGUAGCCCUCCGCAGCGGCGGCGGCGGCGUGCGGGCGAUGCUGCUGGUCUCUCCGGGCGCCGGUGUCCUGGCCUCUUCCUAAAGGGCAACAUCAGGAACUCCCCGGACACCCUCUAAGCACCAGUCCCCAGCAUGUAAAUCAGAUGGAAAUCUCCAGACAUCUAAACCCCUUGUCCCUUCAGAGAAGUUGCCUCUGGAAGACAGAACGAAGAACAAACUGAAUUCGUCUCAAAAUGAUUACAAAUCAUCAAGACGGAGUAGCCUGCCACCUGAACUACUGAUAGGAAAUGACAUUCGAGGGAGACUUCAAAGAAACUUGAAAAAUUUGGAGCCCGUUCACCUGAGGCGCCCAAAAAAGAGACCGUCCAUAUUUCCAGCUUCUCCAGUUGGCAACGGUUAUAUCAAGCCUCCGGUUCCACCUGUUUCUGGCACACAGAGAGAGAAAGGGCCGCCAACCAUGUUACCCAUCAACGUGGACCCAGACAGCAAACCAGGAGAAUAUGUCCUCAAGAGUUUAUUCGUCAACUUUACCACUCAGGCUGAGCGCAAGAUUCGCAUCAUCAUGGCAGAGCCUCUGGAAAAGCCAUUGACAAAAUCUCUACAACGUGGAGAAGAUACCCAGUUUGACCAAGUCAUCAGCUCAAUGAGCUCCCUUUCUGAGUACUGCCUGCCUUCCAUUCUGCGUACAUUAUUUGACUGGUAUAAAAGGCAAAAUGGCAUUGAGGAUGAAUCACAUGAAUACAGACCAAGAACAAGCAAUAAAUCAAAAAGUGAUGAACAACAGCGUGAUUAUUUAAUGGAAAGACGGGACCUCGCCAUUGAUUUCAUUUUUUCUUUAGUAUUAAUAGAAGUUUUGAAACAGAUUCCACUUCAUCCUGUAAUAGACAGUCUAAUACAUGAUGUUAUUAACUUGGCUUUCAAGCACUUUAAGUACAAAGAAGGGUACCUUGGUCCUAACACUGGAAAUAUGCACAUCGUGGCAGACCUGUACGCAGAAGUCAUUGGAGUGUUGGCACAAGCUAAAUUCCCUGCUGUAAAGAAGAAAUUUAUGGCAGAGCUAAAAGAAUUACGGCACAAAGAGCAGAGCCCGUAUGUCGUUCAGAGUAUUAUCAGCUUGAUAAUGGGGAUGAAAUUCUUUCGAAUUAAGAUGUAUCCAGUGGAGGACUUUGAGGCCUCGCUUCAGUUUAUGCAGGAAUGUGCACAUUAUUUCCUCGAGGUCAAAGACAAAGAUAUCAAACAUGCCUUGGCUGGACUUUUUGUUGAAAUUCUUGUCCCAGUUGCUGCCGCUGUUAAAAAUGAAGUCAAUGUUCCCUGUCUUAGAAACUUUGUUGAAAGCCUAUAUGAUACCACGCUGGAACUUUCUUCUCGAAAGAAGCAUUCGUUGGCCCUGUACCCCCUGGUGACCUGUCUUCUCUGUGUCAGUCAGAAGCAGCUGUUCCUGAACAGGUGGCACAUUUUCCUCAACAACUGCUUAUCCAACCUUAAAUUUCAGGUGUUCAACAUAAUGGUUCAUCAUUUGUAUACAUCGCAAAAGCAUCACCGCAAUAAAGACCCCAAGAUGGCUCGGGUUGCACUGGAAUCUCUAUACAGAUUACUCUGGGUUUACAUGAUUCGAAUUAAAUGUGAAAGCAACACAGCUACUCAGAGCCGUCUUAUAACCAUCAUCACAACACUUUUCCCCAAAGGGUCCCGUGGUGUGGUGCCAAGGGAUAUGCCUCUGAACAUCUUUGUGAAAAUCAUCCAGUUCAUUGCCCAGGAACGCUUAGAUUUUGCCAUGAAAGAAAUUAUUUUUGAUUUUCUCUGUGUGGGAAAACCAGCAAAAGCUUUCAGCCUCAACCCAGAGAGAAUGAACAUUGGUUUACGGGCAUUCUUAGUAAUAGCCGACAGCUUGCAGCAGAAAGACGGUGAACCCCCCAUGCCGGUGACAGGAGCUGUUCUCCCUUCAGGAAACACAUUGAGAGUGAAGAAAACAUAUUUGAGUAAAACGCUAACUGAAGAAGAAGCCAAAAUGAUAGGAAUGUCCUUGUAUUACUCCCAAGUACGAAAAGCUGUGGACAACAUUUUAAGGCACCUCGAUAAAGAAGUGGGAAGGUGUAUGAUGCUAACGAAUGUUCAGAUGCUAAACAAAGAACCUGAAGACAUGAUCACGGGUGAGAGAAAGCCAAAAAUAGAUCUUUUCAGGACCUGUGUUGCUGCUAUCCCUCGACUCCUUCCUGAUGGCAUGUCAAAACUUGAACUCAUUGACUUGCUGGCUAGGCUGUCUAUUCACAUGGACGAUGAACUGCGACACAUUGCACAAAACUCUCUUCAGGGUUUACUUGUUGACUUCUCAGACUGGAGAGAAGAUGUACUGUUUGGCUUUACCAACUUCUUACUCCGGGAAGUAAAUGACAUGCACCACACGCUCCUUGAUUCGUCCCUGAAGUUACUGCUCCAGCUGCUCACGCAGUGGAAACUGGUCACACAAACUCAAGGAAAAGUCUACGAACAAGCCGGCAAGAUCAGAAAUUCAGAGCUAAUUCCAAAUGGCUCCAGCCACCGAAUUCAGUCGGAGCGAGGUCCCCACUGCAGUGUUCUUCACGCCGUGGAAGGCUUUGCCCUGGUUUUACUCUGCAGUUUCCAGGUGGCCACACGCAAACUGUCCGUUUUAAUACUCAAGGAAAUUCGAGCUUUAUUUGUUGCCCUGGGUCAACCGGAGGACGAUGACAGGCCUAUGAUUGAUGUCAUGGAUCAGCUAAGUUCUUCCAUUCUCGAAAGUUUCAUUCAUGUAGCAGUUUCAGAUUCGGCCACAUUACCGCUGACCCACAGUGUGGAUCUGCAGUGGUUGGUGGAGUGGAAUGCAGUCCUGGUCAAUAGCCAUUACGAUGUGAAGAGCCCUUCCCAUGUCUGGAUAUUCGCUCAGUCUGUCAAAGACCCCUGGGUCCUCUGCCUCUUCAGUUUCCUCCGGCAGGAGAACUUGCCCAAACACUGCCCCACAGCCCUCAGCUACGCCUGGCCGUACGCCUUCACUCGGCUCCAGUCGGUCAUGCCUCUGGUUGACCCAAACAGCCCAAUUAAUGCCAAGAAAACCAACACCGCCGGCAGUGGAGAUAAUUAUGUUACCUUGUGGAGAAACUACCUUAUCCUUUGUUUUGGAGUUGCAAAACCCAGUAUUAUGAGCCCGGGACACUUAAGAGCUUCCACUCCAGAAAUAAUGGCGACCACACCUGAUGGUACAGUGAGCUACGAUAACAAGGCCAUAGGCACCCCAUCGGUGGGAGUUCUGUUAAAGCAGUUGGUGCCUUUGAUGAGACUAGAGGGCAUUGAGAUCACAGAGUCCUUAGUUUUAGGAUUUGGAAGAACAAAUUCCCUUGUUUUCAGAGAGUUGGUGGAAGAACUCCAUCCAUUAAUGAAAGAAGCCCUGGAACGAAGACCAGAGAACAAAAAACGCCGAGAACGGCGGGAUUUGUUAAGGCUACAGCUCCUUCGAAUUUUCGAGCUUCUGGCUGAUGCUGGUGUCAUAAGUGACAGCACAAAUGGAGCCUUGGAACGGGAUACGUUAGCCCUUGGAGCUUUGUUCUUAGAAUAUGUGGACCUGACCCGCAUGCUUCUAGAAGCCGAAAAUGAUAAAGAAGUUGAAAUUCUUAAAGAUAUCCGGGCACAUUUUAGUGCGAUGGUCGCCAACUUGAUUCAGUGUGUUCCAGUUCACCACCGAAGAUUUCUGUUCCCCCAGCAAAGCCUGAGGCAUCAUCUUUUCAUCUUGUUUAGCCAGUGGGCAGGACCCUUCAGCAUUAUGUUCACCCCUCUCGACCGCUACAGUGAUAGAAAUCAUCAAAUUACACGAUACCAGUAUUGCGCAUUAAAGGCAAUGUCAGCAGUGUUGUGUUGCGGCCCUGUGUUUGACAAUGUGGGCCUUUCUCCCGAUGGCUACCUAUAUAAGUGGCUUGACAACAUUCUGGCUUGUCAAGAUUUACGAGUUCAUCAGCUUGGCUGUGAAGUUGUCGUCUUGCUAUUGGAACUUAAUCCUGACCAAAUCAAUCUUUUUAAUUGGGCGAUUGACCGAUGCUACACAGGUUCCUACCAGCUUGCAUCCGGCUGCUUCAAAGCCAUCGCAACUGUGUGUGGAAGCAGGAACUAUCCCUUCGACAUAGUGACAUUGUUAAACCUUGUUCUAUUCAAGGCCUCUGACACCAACAGAGAGAUUUAUGAAAUCUCCAUGCAGCUCAUGCAGAUCCUUGAAGCAAAGCUCUUUGUAUACUCAAAGAAAGUCGCUGAACAGAGACCCGGAAGUAUUCUCUAUGGAACGCACGGCCCAUUGCCACCCCUCUACAGUGUGUCACUAGCCCUCUUGUCAUGUGAACUGGCCAGGAUGUACCCCGAGCUCACCCUCCCACUCUUCUCAGAGGUAAGCCAGCGAUUUCCCACGACACACCCAAACGGGCGUCAGAUCAUGCUCACCUACCUGCUGCCCUGGCUGCACAACAUCGAGCUGGUGGACAGCAGGCUCCUCCUCCCGGGAUCAAGCCCCAGCAGCCCAGACGAUGACGUCAAGGACCGGGAAGGAGAAGUGCCCACUUCACACGGGCUGAGAGGGAGUGGCUGGGGCUCCCCGGAAGCUACGUCACUGGUCCUGAAUAACCUCAUGUACAUGACGGCCAAGUAUGGAGACGAAGUUCCUGGACCAGAAAUGGAAAAUGCUUGGAAUGCUUUAGCCAACAACGAGAAAUGGACCAACAACCUGAGGAUCACCCUGCAGUUCCUGAUCAGCCUGUGUGGCGUGAGCAGUGACACGCUUCUCUUGCCCUACAUCAAAAAGGUGGCAAUAUACUUGUGCCGUAACAACACCAUUCAAACCAUGGAAGAGCUUCUCUUUGAGCUGCAACAGACGGAGCCCGUGAAUCCCAUCGUCCAGCACUGUGACAACCCGCCGUUCUACCGCUUUGCGGCCAGCAGCAAGGCCUCUGCGGCAGCCUCUGGAACCACCUCCAGCAGCAACACAGUGGUGGCCGGCCAGGACAGUUUCCCAGAUGCCGAGGAGAGCAAGAUAUUGAAAGAAUCGGAUGAGAGGUUUAGUAACGUCAUCAGAGCCCACACCCGCCUAGAGUCAAGAUACAGCAAUAGCUCUGGAGGAUCAUAUGAUGAAGAUAAAAAUGACCCGAUUUCUCCGUAUACGGGCUGGCUGUUGACUAUUACAGAGACCAAACAGCCACAGCCCUUACCCAUGCCUUGUACUGGAGGAUGCUGGGCCCCCCUGGUUGACUACCUCCCAGAGACUAUCACUCCCCGGGGACCCCUCCACAGGUGCAAUAUUGCUGUAAUUUUUAUGACUGAGAUGGUGGUGGAUCACAGUGUGAGAGAAGAUUGGGCUCUUCAUCUACCAUUAUUACUCCAUGCUGUCUUCUUAGGUUUGGACCAUUACCGGCCUGAAGUCUUUGAACACAGCAAAAAAUUGCUUCUUCACCUCUUGAUUGCCCUCUCUUGCAACAGCAAUUUUCAUGCCAUUGCUUCUGUGCUCCUGCAGACUCGAGAGAUGGGUGAAGCUAAGACUCUAACAGUUCAGCCGGCUUAUCAACCGGAGUAUCUCUACACAGGUGGCUUUGACUUCCUGAGAGAGGACCAGUCGUCCCCAGUGCCAGACUCGGGGCUAAGCUCCAGUUCCACGUCCUCCAGCAUCAGCUUGGGGGGCAGCAGUGGGAACCUCCCGCAGAUGACCCAGGAGGUGGAAGACGUGGACACAACCGCUGAAGCGGAUGAGAAGGCGAACAAGCUCAUUGAGUUUCUGACGACCAGGGCAUUUGGUCCACUUUGGUGCCAUGAAGACAUCACACCCAAAAAUCAAAAUUCAAAGAGUGCUGAACAGCUUACUAAUUUUCUACGUCAUGUUGUAUCCGUAUUUAAAGACUCCAAAUCAGGUUUCCAUCUGGAGCAGCACUUGAGUGAAGUUGCAUUGCAGACAGCCCUCGCAAGCUCUUCGAGGCACUAUGCCGGUCGGUCCUUCCAGAUAUUCCGGGCACUCAAGCAACCUCUGUCAGCACAUGCCUUGUCUGACCUUCUCUCCAGGCUGGUGGAGGUGAUUGGAGAACAUGGAGAUGAGAUUCAGGGUUACGUAAUGGAAGCACUCCUUACUUUGGAAGCUGCUGUGGAUAACUUGUCUGACUGCUUGAGGAACAGCGAUCUCUUAACGGUAUUAUCUCGCUCUUCAUCACCAGAUUUAAGCUCUAGCACUAAACUAACAGCAAGCAGAAAGAGCACAGGACAACUAAAUGUGAACCCUGGGACAGCCAGUGGCAAUACAGCAACCGCAGAACGGAGCCGGCAUCAAAGAAGCUUUUCUGUGCCCAAGAAGUUUGGUGUUGUCGACCGGUCCUCAGACCCACCCAGGAGUGCCACACUGGACAGAAUCCAGGCUUGUACCCAACAAGGCCUCUCCUCAAAAACCAGAAGCUCAUCCUCCUUGAAGGACAGCCUCUCAGACCCAUCACACAUAAACCAUCCAACAAACCUAUUGGCCACCAUCUUUUGGGUCACAGUGGCUUUGAUGGAAUCUGAUUUUGAGUUCGAAUACCUAAUGGCCUUAAGGCUGUUGAAUAGACUACUGGCUCACAUGCCACUUGAUAAAGCUGAGAACCGAGAAAAACUUGAGAAACUCCAAGGGCAGCUCAAGUGGUCAGACUUCUCAGGGUUGCAGCAGCUACUGCUGAAGGGAUUCACCUCCCUCACCACCACUGACCUUACCCUGCAGCUUUUCAGUUUGCUGACACCAGUAUCCAAAGUAUCCAUGGUGGAUUCAUCCCAAGCCAUUGGGUUUCCACUGAACGUGUUGUGUCUCCUGCCCCAGCUGAUUCAGCAUUUUGAAAAUCCCAAUCAGUUCUGCAAGGAUAUAGCCGAAAGGAUUGCGCAGGUGUGUUUGGAAGAGAAGAACCCCAAACUUUCCAAUCUUGCGCAUGUCAUGACCCUUUAUAAAACACACAGCUACACGAGAGACUGUGCCACAUGGGUCAACGUGGUCUGCCGAUACCUUCAUGAAGCAUAUGCUGACAUCACCUUGAAUAUGGUGACCUACCUGGCAGAGCUGCUGGAGAAGGGUCUCCCAAGCAUGCAGCAGCCCCUCCUCCAGGUGAUCUACAGUCUGCUCAGCUACAUGGAUCUGUCAGUCGUGCCUGUAAAGCAGUUUAAUGUGGAAGUUCUGAAGACCAUUGAAAAAUAUGUCCAAAGUGUUCACUGGAGAGAAGCUUUGAAUAUCCUGAAACUGGUGGUUUCUCGAUCUGCCAGUCUAGUUUUGCCUUCCUACCAGCACAGUGACCUCUCAAAGAUAGAAAUACAUCGAGUGUGGACCAGUGCUUCUAAGGAAUUACCUGGAAAAACCCUAGACUUCCACUUUGAUAUUUCAGAGACGCCAAUCAUCGGGAGGCGAUACGAUGAGCUGCAGAACGCUUCUGGGCGCGAUGGGAAGCCCAGGGCGAUGGCCGUCACCAGGAGCACAUCCUCUACCUCAUCGGGCUCCAACUCCAAUGUCCUUGUUCCUGUUAGCUGGAAAAGGCCCCAGUAUUCUCAGAAGAGGACAAAAGAGAAGUUGGUGCACGUCCUUUCUCUGUGUGGCCAAGAAGUAGGAUUAAGCAAAAAUCCAUCAGUGAUCUUUUCAUCGUGUGGGGAUCUGGACCUUCUGGAGCACCAGACGAGCUUGGUGUCUUCCGAGGACGGCGCCCGGGAGCAGGAGAACAUGGAUGACACAAACAGCGAGCAGCAGUUUAGAGUCUUUAGGGACUUCGAUUUCCUAGAUGUGGAGCUGGAGGAUGGAGAGGAACUGCAGGGCGAGAGUAUGGACAAUUUCAACUGGGGAGUGCGCAGGCGUUCUCUGGAUAGCUUGGACAAGUGUGACAGGCAGCUUCUGGAGGAGAACCCACUUGCAGGAAGGUCUCCCAGCCUCAACAAAAUGAACCGUGAGGAUUCUGACGAGUCCUCCGAAGAGGAGGACCUCACAACCAGCCAGAUCCUGGAGCAUUCAGACCUAAUCAUGACUCGUUCCCCUUCCGAGGAGACGAAUCCCCUGGAAUCGCUCGCCGCGGCCUGUGACAUGACCCCUGCCGACCCUCAUUCCUUUAGCACCAGAAUGGCUAGCUUUGACGCGGCUCUGUCUGACAUGAAUAAUCUGCAGAUCUCUGAGGGCUCCAAGGCUGAAGCUGUCCAGGAGGAGGAGGACACCGCCGUGCACGAGGACGAUCUUUCCAGUUCUGUUAAUGAACUCCCGGCAACUUUCGAAUGCAGUGGUAGCUUUAGCCUGGAUAUGACUGAGGCAGAAGAAAAGGGCAAUCGAGCACUGGACCAGUUCACUCUUGCAAGCUUUGGAGAAGGUGACAGGGGGGUCUCUCCCCCUCCCUCGCCCUUCUUCUCGGCCAUCCUUGCUGCGUUUCAGCCCGCGGCCUGUGACGAUGCAGAGGAAGCCUGGCGCAGCCACAUCAACCAGCUCAUGUGCGACUCAGAUGGCUCCUGUGCUGUGUAUACAUUUCAUGUGUUCUCCUCCUUGUUUAAGAAUAUUCAGAAAAGGUUCUGCUUCCUAACCUGUGAUGCUGCCAGUUACCUUGGAGACAAUCUGCGGGGAAUCGGGUCCAAGUUUGUCAGCUCUUCUCAGAUGCUCACCUCCUGCUCUGAAUGCCCUACACUCUUUGUGGACGCUGAGACUCUCCUUUCUUGUGGACUUCUGGACAAGCUCAAGUUCAGUGUUUUAGAACUGCAAGAAUAUUUGGACACCUACAACAACAGAAAAGAGGCCACUCUCUCGUGGCUCGCAAAUUGUAAGGCAACAUUUGCAGGAGGAUCAAGAGAUGGAGUAAUUACCUGUCAACCAGGGGACUCGGAAGAAAAGCAAAUGGAAUCUCUUGCACAAUUGGAACUGUGUCAGAGAUUAUAUAAGCUGCACUUCCAGCUGCUGCUGCUCUUUCAGUCCUACUGUAAGCUCAUCGGCCAGGUGCACGAAGUCAGCUCCAUGCCAGAGCUGCUAAAUAUGUCCAGGGAACUGAGUGACUUAAAGAAAAACCUGAAGGAGGCCACUGCGGCCAUUGCAGCUGACCCUCUCUAUAUAGAGGGUGCAUGGUCUGAGCCAACCUUCACAUCCACCGAAGCGGCCAUCCAGUCCAUGCUGGAGUGCCUGAAGAACAAUGAACUUGGCAAGGCUUUACGGCAAAUCAGGGAAUGCAGAAGUCUGUGGCCCAAUGACAUCUUUGGAAGCAGUUCUGAUGAUGAGGUCCAGACACUACUGAAUAUUUAUUUCCGUCAUCAAACUCUGGGACAAACGGGUACUUACGCAUUGGUAGGGUCUAAUCAGAGCCUGACCGAAAUCUGCACCAAGCUGAUGGAGCUGAACAUGGAGAUCCGGGACAUGAUUCGCAGGGCCCAGAGUUACCGAGUCCUCACUGCUUUUCUUCCAGACUCCAGUGUUUCUGGCACUAGUCUCUGACAGGAGCCUCCCAUCCCCCAUGCGUUCCAAGCUGGGGGUGCUGUCAUGCUGGGGUGACGUCAUUCAGUGUCUUUUCAGCCUUCAGAAGGCUUGGUCAGACUGUUCUCCCUCUUGUUACCUGUAGGACUUUUUCUAAACAGGACAACAGAACUUCCAACGUGUAGCAAUACUAUAAGAACCAAGGUAGCAUAGAACAUUCUGGGACAGACUCCAUCCAUCAUGCUGUGUGGCACAAAGGUGUUAUCAUUUCACUGAGCAGAUGCAACUCACUACUGAAGAAAGUGACUUCCAUUGCAUACCAAAGCCGACUACACUGAAUAAUACCUUCCUUUCUAGAAACAGUUUUAGAUUGGCAAAAGUGCAAUGUUUUCUUCACUAAAAAAUGUUUUAUAUUCUAAAACUUGUACAUUCUUUUUUCUUUUUUUCCUUUUUUUCUUUUUUUGGUGGGCUGAGGAAGGGACAGGCAGAAUGAAGCUGGCCACUGAAAAUUGUAAGACGGUCAAAAGCUGACAGCCUGUGUAUGUGAAGAGGGAAUUGUAAAUGGACAAUUUAAUAUACACUGUAAUUUGAAUACAAUUACUGUAUCUAAAAGGAGCUGCUAUGAAGUACCUUUCUUAUGUUGCUAGGCUACUGUUUCUGAAAGCCCUGGAUCUCUUUGCAGGAGUCUGUGAUUAGGACCCUAGCACCAAAUAUGGUCCAGACAGACCUUUUUGUAAAGGUCUUGGCUGCUUUUUACUAGAAGGUUGCUUAUAUGAGCAUAUUUAUACUACAAAAGGAUGAGUGUUAAUUUUAACCAACUUUGCCAUUUUGUAGAAAAAAGUUAAAUUCACAUUACAAAUUCCAAGUCUUUUCACCGGUCACGCAUGCAUAUUUUAAUAUCCAUUUGGAUAGCCAGAAGUAGAAUCAUAAAGAUAAACUAUGAGUUGUCACUUUGUUACUUAAGAGAUGUCAUGUUUUAUUUGUAACAUAUAUGUAAAGGGCCAUUCUUCAGUUUUCUCCUUAAACUUAAUGCUGUCAAGUGUUAGACGUGUGCAUGUAAACCAGUUGCACAUCAGAAACAUAUUCAAAGUUUAUCUAUGUAACUUAUUCACUCUGUAAAUACAUUUAAAGUUUUUGUGAUGUAA